CGGCUGGCCCGAGGCGAGAAGGAGGAGGAGGAGGAGGAGGAAGAGGAGGCGAACAUCUACGCGGUCACCGAGGAGGAGUCGGAUGAGGAGGGCAGCCAGGACAGAGCGGGGGAGGACGGGCAGCAGAAGUUCAUCGCUCACGUCCCCGUACCGUCCCAGCAAGAGAUCGAGGAGGCCCUGGUUCGCAGGAAGAAGAUGGAACUCCUGCACAAGUACGCCAGCGAGACCCUCCAGGCCCAGAGCGAGGAAGCCAGGAGACUGCUGGGCUACUGAGCGGC